UAAAACAAACGCAAUUGCUCUGUUAGCACGGAUAAUUCGUAGAGCAAUUUGUUUCAGUCGUCUUCGCAAGGUUCCUUUUUCUGAAAACUUUCUUCCAAAUAUGAUGUGGGUCAAAUGGAAAUGUUUUCAUAUUAUCUGUAUUUUGCUCUCAUUGACGACGCUACCGGAGAAAACAACAUGCGGUAAGGCCCGAGAAAAACGUCGCCGCUCACCAAGUCCGUCAAGUGUCGCCCCUGGUCCAAGUCAGCCUCGCAGCCCCGAUAUUCUAUCAUUUCUCGAAGAUUUUGUGGAUAAGCUCUGUAGCCCCCCAGGUCUGCAAAGUGUCGCCAUUGGUACACGUCGGCCUAGUUCCCCUUCAAGUCCCCGAGAACUCAAACGUGCGCCAAAACGGCGCCAGGUGUUCAAGAAGGCCCAGUUCGCGGUCAGCUGGAAGAACCGGUACAGUCCCUGA